AUGGGACAAGACAGUAUACACAUAAUUUGUAUUUCACAGGAAAACUGGAGUGCGUUUGCACCAGACUUUAAGGAGCUGGAUGAGAAUGUGGAGUAUGAAGAGCGCGAAUCUGAAUUUGAUAUUGAAGAUGAGGAUAAAAGUGAACCUGAACAAACAGGUGCAGAUGCUGCAGAAGAUGAGGAGGUGGAUGUGACUUCAGUAGACCCCAUUGUUGCCUUUUGCAGUAGUGAUGAGGAACUAGAAGACUACAAAGCCUUGCUGUAUUUGCCUAUUGCUCCAGAAGUUGAAGAUCCGGAGGAAAAUCCAUUUGGGCCUCCCCCAGAUACUGCUGGUCAGAAUGUACCACCUGAUGAUUCUCCAGUUGGUACAGGAGGUGAAAAGAAGCAGAGGCAACCAUCCUCUGAGGGAGUGCCCCCCAAAAAGAAAGCACGCACAACCACCAUUGAACUGCAGGGGGUGCCCAGCGAUGAGGUACAUCCUUUGCUGGGAGUGAAGGGAGAUAGCAAGUCCAAGAAGAAGCAAGCUGGACGACCUAAGGGAUCAAAAGGUAAAGAGAAAGAUUCUCCCUUUAAAGCCAAAAUCUACAAAGGUGACAGAGGGUUGCCUUUGGAAGGAACGGGCACAGCAGGCGGCGGAGCAGGAGGUGGAGGAGGUGGUGGUGGUGGAGGAGGAGGUGCGAAGAGCAAAGUGCAGGCAGAUUUGGUUCCUCUUGAAACAGGUGGUGCUAUUUCUGAACUUUUAUGAAGGAUAGUCUUUCGCGUCUCGCUUUCUCUUCCUCUGGUCUGAGAUUGUGUUGGCAUACUGACUAACUGCAGGGGUUCAGGCACCCCUUCUUGUACAAAGAAUAUAAAAGCAAUGAGUUGGGGGGAAUAAAUAUCCACUGGGGCUGGUGUCAAACAGGACCUUUGGCCUAAAAUGUGGACUCCUUCGAUGACUACAUUGCAGCCUUUUCUUCAGACCCUGGUGGAUUAUUUUUGUAAUUUGAGAAUCAUGUUUGAAUUGUCGUCAUUCUCUUAUACAAAAGGACUUAUAGAGGCACAGCUGUACAGAACACAAACUUUUAUCCUUUGUGCCCUGCUUAUUUGCAGAACUGUGAAGUCUAUACAAGAUGAAAGAAGCCAGCAUUUUAACAUUAUUUCAAGAUUACAAGGAAAUCUCUUGUACAUAUUCCAGAAUUUUGAUGGGCACUGUUUCCAUCAGAGCAUCAUCUCCAUGAGGAAGGGAAGCAUACGUGAUCAUCAUUGACAAGUGAGAUUCAUACACACUGCAGUAAAACAACACAAGAGGUCUAAUAGUAGUCAUGUCAUGUAUGGAAAGAGUGAGACCAUCCUCUGACAUAACCCUUUCCAGCACCCUUUUUGUUUGUUUUUGUCUUUUUAGAGGUGCUACAGCCACUUAUGAGACUCGGGUUUUAGUGAACUUUCCUGUGAUACUGAUGUAUUGCAAGCUAAGUCACACGAUUAAACAUUGUACUGUCAAAAUCAGGUAUUGUAUUUUGUUUUUAAGGACUGGGCUGGAAGGGAUUGCACAAAAAUCAAGAUCAUUGCUUAAUAAAAGUUCAGAAAAA